AUGGAUCUAAUAUUCCACGAAAAUAUACCAUGGGACGUGAUCACUGAUCAGCUCCCAGGUUGUCAGUGUGAUACCGUGUGUUCCCAAGCGUGCCCCUGCAUUGCAAACUCUGGCGCAACCUACACGAAGGACGGUCGUCUACUUUGUUACGAUGGGCCACUGUUUGAAUGUAACUCGGUUUGCACAUGCAGCGGGGCUUGUUCCCACCGUCUGGUCCAACACUCACUUUCCAGUAACAUUGUACCGGUCUACUCCGUUGCGGAACGGCCAAUCGUGGGUCAGUGUCUGAUUGCCGCACGAGAUCUGGAUGUUGGCGAAUUCAUUUGCGUUUACUUCGGUGAAGUCAUCCCUUAUGAAGAGGCUUGUCGACGGGAAGAACAGCAGCUGGAAACAUUUGGAAGAAAUUACAUUCUGAUUAUGCAGAUAUUUGCUGGGGAAACGUUGGCUUCUCGGACUUGCAUCGAUGGUGACGUCGAAGGGCCGGAUAGUACCAAGCCCGUUGGCCGUUUAGUCAACCAUUCUUGUGAACCAAACUUGAAAGUUGUCCCUGUUCAUGUGGACAGUGCCAUUCCUUACGCAGCCAUGUUUACCACCAAGAAUAUUGCAGUAGGAGCCGAAUUGACAUAUGACUACGCCGAUUGCGUUCCAGGGGACAAGCGGCAGUUUUCCAGUGUGCGAUGCCUAUGUGGAUCGAAACGCUGCCAUGGUUAUCUACCGAGCGUUCAAUAG